GCCAGAGACCAUCCCGAGCGCAGACAGGUCAGCAACGCAGAGAUGUCCCCAACCGAUUAACAGACGUCUGUGAAGAACAUCUUCACCCUGAGCAACAGAAGUGGAGCUUCAGGAUGCAGACGGAGGAGCCACAGCCCUCCCACAUUAAGAAGGAAGAGGAAUACCUUCAGAUCCCCCAUUUUAAAGAGGAAGAGGAACACCCACUAAUCCCCAAAUUUAAAGAGGAAGCUGAGGAUCCACAGAGCCCUCACAUUAAGGAGGAAGAGGAAGAACACAGCAUCAGUCAGCAGGGAGAGCAUCUUGAAGGACUGGAGGAGGUUGAUGUCAUCAAGAUGCCAGUGACUGGUGUCCCUGUGAAGAGUGAAGAUGAUGAGGUGAAAGGUGAAAGUGAGGAGAGGGGAGGGGGGGAGCCUCCAAGCAGCAGCUCAACACAACACAUGACAACAGAAGCUGAUGGAGACCACUGUGGAGGAUCACAAGCAGACAAGCUCUUAGCUCCACUAUCAGAUAGUGAGGACACAACGUCACACUCUCCUGACACUGAUGAUGAAGACUCUAAAGAUGAUAAGACAUGUCACACUGACAACACUCACUUCACAUCUUCUCACUGUCACAAAACUUUUAAAUACCAUUGUCGUCUGAAAAGACACAUGAGAACACACACUGGAGAAAAACCUUUUAUCUGUUCAAUAUGUGGUAAAGGUAUUACACAAAGUUGGAGUUUGAAAGUGCACAUGAGAAUGCACAGUGGUAAAAAAACUUUUGUCUGUUCAACCUGUGGUAAAGGUUUUACACAAAGUACAGAUGUGAAAAUACACAUGAGAACACAUACUGGUGAAAAACCUUUUUCCUGUUCAACCUGUGGUAAAGGUUUUACAGAAAGUAAAAAUUUGAAAAGACACAUGAGAACACACACUGGUGAAAAAAAGAUUUUGUUCAAAGUAAACAUUUGAAAGUACACAUGAGAACACACACUGGUGAAAAACCUUUUCCUUGCUCAGAAUGUGGUAAAGGUUUUGUACAAAGUCCCCAUUUAAAAGUACACAUGAGAACACACACUGGUGAAAAACUGUUUUCCUGUUCAAUCUGUGGUAAAGGUUUUACACAAAGUCAUCAUUUGAAAGUACACGCAAGAAGACACACUGGUGAAAAACCUUUUUCCUGUUCAAUCUAUGGUAAAGGUUUUACAGAAAACUGGUGUUUGAAAGUACACAAGAGAACACACACUGGUGAAAAUUCACAUUCCUGUUCAAUCUGCAACAGAAGCUUUAGUGAACGAUCAAGCCUUGUAGCACACAUGAGAAGACACCCAGGAGAGAAAGUGUUGAGUUGCAGUGGUGUGUGGUGAAAGAUUGUCUUCUAAGUACCAGUGUAAGAAACACAAGUGUGCUGGUGAGAACAGCAGCAGCAAAUGAAACUGCAGGAUUUGAAAUAAACUGUCCAGACUUUCAUUUUGACUUUCUAACAACAUCAGCACAUAUAACAUGUGUGACAUUGUUGUUUGUCUAACAAUCUGUUUAAUAUGAUCUUUACAUUUAUAGAUUAGAUAUUUUAUAUUAAUGCUUUUUUUCAGUCAAGUACAUGCAUUAAUAUGCACCAUUGUGU